CACUCGGCAGCGACACAGGGAAGGCCAGGGGAAGUGUUUUGUUUGGGAAUAAUUUCUAUUAAAUUAAUUUAAUUCUCAGUUUGUUCAUCAUGAUUCCCACCGAGGACGCGUCCGCUAGGAAGAGAGAGAUCGAGGAGAAGUUAAAGCAGGAGCAGGAGACGCUGGCGUUUAUUCGUGAAAACCUGGAAAAGAGUGAGCAGCUGACUAAAGGAAUGGUGUCGAUCCUGUCGUCGUUUGAGAGUCGGCUCAUGGCUCUGGAGAACUCCAUCAUCCCCGUCCACAAGCAGACGGAGAACCUGCAGCGCCUACAGGAGAACGUGGACAAGACACUGUUCUGUCUCGACCACGUCAUCAGCUACUACCAUGUUGCCAAGGAUACGGACAGAAUCAUCAAGGAGGGACCCACUGGGCGGUUGAAUGAGUAUCUCGCCUGCAUCGCCAAGAUCCAGAAAGCUGUGGAAUAUUUUCAGGACAACAAUCCCGACAGUCCAGAACUCAACACUGUGAAAGUGCGGUUUGAGAAAGGUAAGGAGCAGCUGGAGGCGGAGUUUCGUGCCCUGCUGACCCGCUACAGUAAGCCGGUUCCACCUGUUCUGAUCUUGGACGCGAUUGGUGGGGAUGAGGAGUUGGAGGGCGAGGUCACGCUGGAGCAUCUUCCCGAGGCUGUGCUGCAGGAUGUCAUCUGCAUCGCCGGGUGGCUGGUGGAGUACGGGCGGAACCAGGACUUCAUGAACGUUUAUUUCCAGAUCCGUUCCAGUCAGCUGGAUCGCUCCAUUAAGGGUCUGAAGGAACAUUUCCGUAAGAACAGCGCCUCCUCUGCGCUGCUUUACUCUCCCGCAGUGCAGACCAAACGCAAGGACACGCCCACCAAAAAGGUUCCCAAGCGACCAGGGACGAUCCGUAAAGCUCAGAAUCUGCUGAAACAGUACUCUCAGCAUGGCCUGGAUGGGAAAAAGGCCUCUAACCUCAUUCCUCUGGAAGGUAAUCUGUCUCUUCCUCACUUCUUCUUCCUCUUCUCAUGUGGAGUUUGUUGCUGUGAUGUAAGUCCAGGUUACGAUAAUGAGCUGCGCGGGGUUAAGCACCUGUCGGACGCACUGAGUGACAAGCAUGGGGCCUCAACAGGGAAAGACGAUGUAAUGGACGUGGAGAUCGACUCGUAUAUCCACUGCAUCAGUGCGUUUGUGAAGCUGGCACAGAGCGAGUACGCGUUACUGACCGAGAUCAUUCCUGAACAUCACCAGAAGAAAACCUUCGACUCGCUCAUACAGGAGGCGUUGGAUAACCUGAUGCUGGAUGGUGAUAACAUCGUAGCAGCUGCACGCAGAGCCAUAAUGAGACACGAUUACUCAGCGGUGCUCACCAUCUUCCCCAUCCUCCGCCACCUCAAACACACCAAACCGGACUUCGACACCACACUGCAGGGCACUGCGGCGAGCACGAAGAACAAACUGCCGACUCUGAUCACCUCGAUGGAGACGACGGGAGCCAAAGCGCUGGAGGAGUUCGCCGACAGCAUCAAGAAUGAUCCGGAUAAAGAGUACAACAUGCCGAAAGACGGGACGGUACACGAGCUCACCAGUAACGCCAUUCUGUUCCUGCAGCAGUUGUUGGAUUUCCAGGAGACGGCUGGAGCGAUGUUAGCCUCUCAGGAAACGAGCUCAUCAGCCAGCAGCUACAGCUCCGAGUUCAGCCGCAGACUCCUCAGCACCUACAUCUGUAAAGUGCUGGGAAACCUGCAGCUGAAUCUGCUGAGUAAAUCUAAAGUGUAUGAGGAUCAGGCGCUGAGCGCCAUCUUCCUCCACAACAACUACAACUACAUCCUCAAGUCUCUGGAGAAGUCAGAGCUGAUCCAGUUGGUGGCUGUGACACAGAAGAAGGCGGAGACUUCCUACAGAGAACUGAUCCAACAGCAGAUUCAAACCUACCAGCGCAGCUGGUUGAGAGUAACAGACCACCUCACUGAGCGGAACCUGCCAGCACUACAACCUGGAACCAAGUUGAAAGACAAAGAGCGUCAGGUGAUCAAAGAUAAAUUUAAGGGUUUUAAUGAAGGUCUGGAGGAGUUGUGUAAGAUUCAGAAGGUGUGGGCGAUUCCUGAUAAAGAGCAGCGUGAUACGAUUAGACACGCCCAGAAAAAGCUCAUCUCUGACACCUACAGAACCUUCCUACACCGGUGUGCAAACAUGCCAUUCACAAAGAAUCCAGAGAAGUACCACAAAUACACACCGGAGCAUGUGGAGGACAUGAUCGACAAGCUGUUCGAUACCUCUGCUUAAACCCCGCCCACUACAUGCUUACUUGUCGUAGCCACUCCCUCACUUCCUGUUUCCUGCUGCACUACAAUGCGUCCUGUUUCUGUAUUAAAUCUGUAAAUAUACUCAGUUUAAUGCUCAGUAAAGAAUUCCAUUAUACAAGUA